AAAAGUUAGUAUAAGCGUGUCACUCUUCUUUCUUCCACCUAUUCUAGUUGUGGCGUUCUCUUCUGUCGGGUGCUACCUUCAAACUCAAAUUUCCAACAACUGUUAAAUCCAAACCAAACCUUAUUUUCCGACACAAACCUCUGUCUCUGUGUGUGUCAUAUAACAAACAAACAACCUCGUAUACUCCAAGGAAAAAAACAACAACAUCGUACUCUUACUCUGAUCGUGAUCAUCUGACCAAAAAAAUGCAAAAAAUAUCUCAUAACGGCGGCGGCUCCGGUCGCCGGACGGUGGUGGUGGGAGUCAAAAUGGAUUCUCCCAGUAAAGAGCUUCUGACUUGGGCUUUAGUUAAAGUUGCUCAACCCGGUGAUCUCGUUGUUGCUCUGCAUGUUCUUGGUACCCAUGAAAUUAUGAAUGGAGAUGGAAAAUCGUCGUUGCUUUCUCUUGUGAAAGCGUUUGACUCUGUUCUUAAUGUUUAUGAAGGGUUCUGUAAUCUGAAGCAGGUGGAUCUUAAGCUAAAAAUUUGCCGUGGAACAUCGGUGAAGAAAAUUUUGGUGCGAGAAGCAAAUGUUUAUUGUGCAACUCAUGUUAUUGUUGGGAGUGUUCAUGGCUUCCAUAGAAUCCGAACUUCUAGCUCUGUAGCUAAGUACUGUGCUGGAAAGAUAGCUCAUGAUUGUUGUGUUCUUGCUGUUAAUAAUGGGAAAGUUGUGUUCCGGCGCGGUAGAUUGGAAGAAUCAAGUGUUGUUGAUGUACAAGGGUUUGAUUGUCAUCGCGGAGAUGGUUUGCUUGGUUCGAUUCGUUCGACACUCGGUAGUACUACGAAAGUAUCGAAUGAUGAUGGUGAUAAGGGAACCAAACGGGUUUCGGAUCAUAGUUUAGGUAAGAUUUUACUUGAUUCUACAGAAAAAGUAAGGGAUCGAAGUUGUUCGAUUUGCGGGGCAAUGGAAGAGAAUUCAUGCCAUCAAUGUGGAGAAGCGCCUUCGAAAGAAUCCGAAGGCUCUUCUUCUCGUGAUGGUGACAAUGGGAAUUCUUUGGCAAUAGUGCCUGUACUGACCAUUGAUGCGGGGCAACAACCGGAAUUGAAACCCGGUUGGCCGCUACUUCAUCGGAAGAUUUUAUCAGAAAGACAAUUACUUAUUAAACCGUUCAAGCGCCAGCAGACCUCUGUCGUCCAGUGGGCAAUGAGCUUGCCGAAUAGAAAUGUAUCAUAUGGUGGUGUUGAUCAUGAUAAACAACUUAGCAUUUGUGAUCAAGGUCGGGAUCAACCGGCGAAGUUAAAUAGUGAGAGCGGCGCUCUUGUUCCGGUAGAUUCCGAAAUAGGGAAAACAUAUUCAUUGCCUGAAUGCACUUUAAAAACCAUUCCUAAAGAAUUGGAGGGCCUUCCGGAGAAAUACUCAUCAACUUGUAGAUUGUUCGAGUACCAAGAACUUGUAUCGGCAACAUCAAAUUUUUUGCCUGAAAACUUGAUUGGUAAAGGAGGAAGUAGUUUGGUUUAUCGAGGCUGCCUUCGCGAUGGCAAGGAACUUGCUGUCAAGAUCCUAAAGCCUUCUUAUGAUGUUUUGAAAGAGUUUCUUUUGGAAAUCGAAAUCAUUACUACAUUGCAUCACAAAAACAUUAUUACACUCCUCGGAUUCUGCUUCGAGAACGGAAAGCUUCUUCUAGUCUACGAUUUCUUAUCAAGAGGAAGCCUUGAAGAGAACAUUCACGGUACUAAGAAAAACCCUCGCGAGUUCGGUUGGGCACAGAGAUAUAAGGUUGCUGCAGGUGUUGCCGAGGCUUUAGAUUACCUGCAUUGUAAAGAUGAUCAUCCUGUGAUUCACCGGGAUGUAAAGUCCUCCAAUGUAUUACUAUCCGAAGAUUUCGAACCGCGGCUAUCUGAUUUUGGAUUGGCUACGUGGGCAUCAACCUCGUCAUCAUAUAUAACGUGCACAGAUGUUGCUGGAACCUUCGGUUAUAUGGCUCCCGAGUACUUCAUGUACGGCAAAGUAAGCGAUAAGAUCGACGUCUAUGCAUUUGGUGUCGUGCUUCUCGAGCUUCUGUCAGGGAGAAAGCCCAUAAGUGUUGAUUAUCCAAAAGGUCAACAGAGUCUCGUCAUGUGGGCAACUCCAAUUCUAAAUAGUGGAAAGGUGUCACAAUUGUUAGAUCCUAGUUUGGGUGAUAACUAUGAUCAUGAGGAGAUGGAAAGAAUGGUUUUAGCAGCCACUCUUUGCAUCAAACGUGCUCCAAAAGCUAGGCCUCAAAUGAGCAUUGUAUCAAAGCUCCUUCGAGGCGACGACGAUACAAUCAAGUGGGCAAAGUUAGAAGUGAAUGCUUUGGAAGCGCGCGAAAAGCUCGAAGACGAAACAUGUCCUCCUAGUAAUCUACUAAAGUCACAUCUUAAUCUUGCACUACUUGAUGUGGAAGAUGACUCACUCUCCAUGUCUAGUGUUGAGCAAAGUGUGUCAUUAGAGGAAUACUUGAGAGGAAGAUGGAGUAGAACAUCAAGUUUUGACUGAGAAAAUGAAGUACAAAAAUGUUGUAUUCUUCUAUACUUUUCAUUGUAAUAACUUGUAGAUAAAGUUUUUCCUUUACAUCUUCCAUAAACUUUGGCAUCAUUAGAGGGGGUUUAGGAUGAGAGGUUGUUAGUGUGUGCACUCCACCUUACCUUAAUAAUGAGAAAACUAAGUCUAGUUAAUUAGUUGGGCUAGUUCUCCUUUUUCCUUUAUACUUCAAAUGUUGUCUAUUUUUUGGUCCAUUGAGUUUUUUGUAUAGGAUGAAUAAGUUGUAUUUUAGAGCAUUAAGAUCAUUGCUCUUAUUCCUAAUCAUAUUAGAAAUUUAGUUACUUGGAUUA